CAUUUGGGGCCUUCUGAAAUGAUAUACCGCCAAAUUAUAGUAAAAGAAGACUACCAACGUCUGACAGUAUGAUAGUCCAUAUUGGCAGACAGUCAUGCAUAUAAGAGCCCGAGCCGAAGAAAUUUGCACGCGGUUCAAAGUGAGAAAUAGACUAUUGGAUCUUAUCUGGGGAAAAGUGGGGUGAUUUGAAAAAUACAAUGACAGGUUAACUCCGACUUUGUUUGAAAGGGCAAAUUUUGAAUUUCUUUCGAAAUAGCAUGUUACGAGAUGCAACUUCGAUGGGCCAUUAUGGCGCUUGCGGCUGGGUCAGUAACUGCCCAUGGUAGCCACCCGUCUGAAUCCUCUUCCAUUUUGAGCACAACUUCUACAUUCCUCACUCAUGAUAACCCAGAAGAUCACUCAGAAGAUCACCCAGAAGAUUACUACAACACUUGGUAUUAUGUCAGUAUUCUGGGCACUUCAUUUUUUCCUGGCCAGCAUGACCAGCAUGACCAGCAUGAUCAACAUCACCAUGAGAGCGAUGGAAAUCAUCAUAGUGAAUAUCACAGCUUGUGGAAAUCUCCCGGUAGCCCAAUAAAUCCCUCUUCAACCAGUGAUAUCCCUCAGAUCCAAAACUCGCGGAGUCGCAACUUUCGGGGAUUAUCUACUAUGUCUUCAACAUCCCAAAGAGAUAUGGAAACUACUGGCUGUGUUUCUGCGAGCCACACUCUUGCAAAAUCUGACAGUGUUUUCGCAACGACAGCAUUUUCUUCCAGUACUGAUUCUAGAAAUGGUGGUGAUUUUAAUUGGGCCAAGCUCAAUGUAAAAGCUUAUAGAGCUGUCUUUAUUGUCGGUUUAUCCAUUUUGAUUUAAAGAAAGAUGCAAGUCUCAUCCAAACCCAUUAUGUUUCUUCGGGAGACAGACUUUCUGUCUUAUUUUAUUCCUCCAGCUAAUGCCCGUGCAUUGGGUUUCUAAACAAAAAAAAGUAGGCAGAUCCGCUA